UGGAUAUUCAUCGGCUUUUUGACGAUAUCCAGGUGAAAAGGCAGACAGUGAGCUAUCAUAGAGCGUUAAUACGAAAGUCCACUAUGUCCAACGAAGACCUAAUUUCAGUGGAUUAUGAAGUUUUUGGCCGAGUGCAAGGUGUAUUUUUUCGGAAAUACACUCAAGCAGAAGGGAAGAAGCUUGGUCUGGUGGGAUGGGUGCAAAACACAGGUGCAGGAACUGUCCAGGGGCAGCUUCAAGGUCCACACAGCAAGGUGAAAGAAAUGCAAGAAUGGCUGAAAUCCACCGGGAGCCCCAAGUCAAGCAUAAUCAAGGCAGAGUUCACGAAUGAGAAAACAAUUGAUAGCCUCGAUCACUCAUCUUUUAACAUUGUAAAGUAAGAUAACACAUAGAUUGUGCCUGUAAUAUUAACUUCGACACAGAUGUUUUAUUUAUCUAUUAUUUGUUGUAUUUGUAUUAUAGUAUCUGGUUGUAAUGCAACUCAAGUAAUGAAUUGAAAAGAUGUAGUUAUUUUAUGUGUCCUUACAACUACAAUAUAUAUAAUAUAUGGAAUUACAUUAAUAAAUGGUAAAUU